CGCGUGUGUGUGUGUGAGUUGAGUUGUGUACACUAGUGUCCAAAUUUACUUCUUAUCAUAGUAUCGUCCCUGAACGGGAUCAAAGGUCUCGUGCAGUUUUGUAGAAACGUGUGCGUGAGCUGCAUUUCAAUCGAGACGUGCUACAAGCUUGCAGCUUGAUUAGAGUUCAUUACUCAACGGAUUGUCCAGAAAAAGUGCUCCAGCAAUGUUGCCGUGCUCACGCGCGAGACUAGGAGUGCGCAGUAUGAUGAGUUUUUCUCCUCUCUCUCCUUCGUGUUUUCCCAUCAGGACUUUCUCUGCAGGUCGGAGCCGGCUCGCGUGGGGAAAGAUGGCCGAGAACGAGGCGCUCACACAGCACAGGAAGGUGCUCACCCUUGACACCAUGAACGCCAACGUGAAGAAAGUGGAGUACGCGGUGCGAGGACCCAUCGUGCAGCGCGCCGUGCAGCUGGAGAAAGAGCUGAGAGAGGGAGUGAAGAAACCCUUUGACGAGGUCAUCAAGGCUAACAUCGGAGAUGCCCAUGCCAUGGGACAGCAACCCAUCACCUUCUUCAGACAGGUCUUGGCAUUAUGCUCGUAUCCAGACCUGCUGGACGAUAACAAGUUUCCUGACGAUGCCAAAGAUCGUGCACGGCGCAUUCUGAAGGCCUGUGGAGGAAGCAGCAUCGGCUCAUAUUCUGCAAGUCAGGGGAUCGACUGCAUUAGACACGACGUCGCCCGCUACAUCGAGCGUCGUGACGGCGGCAUCUCUUGUGACCCGGACAACAUCUAUCUGACCACAGGCGCCAGUGACGGCAUCGUCACCAUUCUGAAGUUGCUGACAGCAGGUGAGGGUCGUACUCGUACCGGUGUGAUGAUCUCGAUCCCUCAGUAUCCUCUGUACUCGGCUGCGCUGGCCGAACUCGGCGCUGUGCAGAUUAACUACUACCUGAACGAGGAGAAGUGCUGGAGCCUGGACAUCACCGAGCUGCAGCGCUCCCUACAGGCCGCCAGAGAGCACUGCAACCCACGAGUCCUGUGCAUCAUCAACCCAGGAAACCCAACAGGUCAGGUACAGAGCAGGGAGUGCAUCGAGGACGUGAUCCGAUUCGCUGCCAAGGAACAUCUCUUCCUGAUGGCUGAUGAGGUCUAUCAGGAUAACGUGUAUGCCGAGGGUUGCGCCUUUCACUCUUUUAAGAAGGUGUUAUUUGAGCUGGGUCCCGAAUUCUCCAACAUAGUGGAGCUGGCCUCCUUCCACUCCACCUCCAAGUGUUACAUGGGAGAGUGUGGUCUACGAGGUGGUUAUAUGGAGGUGAUAAACAUGGACCCGGAGGUGAAGGCUCAGCUCACUAAACUGGUGUCUGUGCGUCUGUGUCCUCCUGUGCCGGGUCAGGCGCUCAUGGCCCUGGUGACCAACCCUCCUCAACCUGAGGAGCCAUCACACGCUCAGUUCAUCAAGGAGCGCACGGCUACGCUGAAUGACCUGGCACAGAAGGCCAAGCUGACUGAAGACAUCCUCAACACAGUGCCUGGGAUCAGGUGCAACCCCGUGCAGGGGGCGAUGUACUCGUUCCCACGCAUCACGCUGCCCGAGCGAGCCGUAAAGGAGGCCAAGGAGAACGGCCAGGAACCAGAUAUGUUUUAUUGUAUGAAGCUCCUGGAGGAGACGGGGAUCUGUUUGGUUCCUGGGAGCGGGUUUGGGCAAAAAGAUGGAACCUAUCACUUCAGGAUGACCAUCCUACCACCGGCUGACAAACUGAAGAUUUUGCUCCAUAAAGUGAAAGAGUUUCAUCAGCGAUUCAUCCAGCAGUACUCUUAACACCUCCGCUCGACUUUCUCUACACCAUUGACCAGCCAAGUUCCUGAACCUGCCUUCUUCUCCAGGGGGGCAGCCUGACCGGUGUCAUCCAUCAGCAUUUCAUCAUGACUCCUGAAGUUGAAAAACCAUCACAAACUGGUUUUUGCCGACUGGUGUAGAGAUGGUUAACUUAUGAGUUUAGACACAUUAGCACUACAUGAAAUAGGACAAAAAAUGCGUAUGGAAAAUGGUGUGUGUGUGUGUGUGUGUGUGUGUGAGAGAGAGAGAGUGUGUGUAUGUGUGUGUGUUGGUAAAGGGUCUUUUAGCCAAGUAAUUACCACUGGAAAAUGACUAGACUUGCAUUGUUAUAAUUAUUAUAUAAACGUUUUAAUUAUUUUAAUAUGUAUUAAAUCAGAUAAUUUUACAGUAAA